GUCUUAAUGGUCCGUGAUCCUUGGAGGAGGGCGUGGGAGGCGUGCUUGUUUCUCUGACCUCCGGUCAGAGGAGGAGGAGGAGGAGUGGGGACACCCAGCCGAGAUUCUGAGGAAGAAUUUGCUGUCAGAGCGAGGCUUGCUAGGAUAGUUCUUUAAGGUUGGCUGUCGAGGAUGAGGAAGAGGCAGGUGAGACGGGUGUGUGUGGUUCUGUCCAAUAAACAGCGUCUGGACUGCAUCGUCAGGGUGAGUCCUAUCAGGGUGAGCUCCAUAGGUAGACAGGUGUUGGAUCAUGUGACCUUGAUGUGUGGCGUGAGGUCGCUCCAAAUCUUUGGUCUCGCCAUUUUCCUAGAACAUGAGUAUCUGUUUGUGGAUUUGGACCAGAAUCUAGGAAAGUACUUAGGAAAAGAAUGGAGGAGAACUUCAACAAAGGGCACAUUUCUUCUAUUUCUAAGGGUGCAGCACUAUGUGGAGAGUGUAGAACUAAUCAAGGACAGUACAUCACAAGAGCUGUAUUACAGCGAUCUGAGACGGAAGAUGUUAGAUUCUCUAUGCGACCAGCAGGAGGUGCUGUUCCUCCAGUUGGCGGCUGCGGCGCUACAAGCCGAGUUGGGGGACGCUGAGGAGCAGAUUCUGGGAGACGGGGAUGAGCAAAAUGGAAAAGAGAACACAAUCGUUUCAGAGAAGAAACAAAACCAGAAUUAUUUUCUUCCUGAAGAUUAUUUUCCAUCUUGGGUUAAGUGUCUCUUUGUGUUUAACUUUUAUUAAGGCCCACAGUUAAAACUUUUUUUUAUUUUCACACCCAGGCAUAUCUGUCUUUAUGUAAAAGAAAAACGAGCCCAAACAUUAAAAGGCUGCAUGUCCGUUGUCUGUGUAUGAAGUCAUCAAAAACAAAUGUAGGUCUAGUUAAAUUUUUUAAUUGUUGCUAUUGACAUCAGAAGACCAUCAUAAAUAUUUAUUUAAAUGCAUGUAUUUGACCACGUACUUAUAUUCUGAACACAUUUAUUACGUUCUAACAAUAUUUAAUGGUUGAGACAAUUAGCAAUAAAUAAGAGCCUCUCAGGAGUACAUUUCCUCCAAGCAAUAAGCGUGGUGGAGACCCAGCUGAGGGUUGUUUUGGUUUUGUGUGGCUCCAGCUGAUCAGGCAUCGCGGCCGUGACUUCCUCCUGCGGCACGCUGGCGCCCUGCACGCCUCGCUCCGAGGGUUGGCCCGCCCCUGGGCUGUCCGGCGCUUCAUAGAGGACGCCAGCGCCCUACAGGACGUCCCCGUCACGGUCUACACCCUGAGACAGGUCUGAGGGUCCGCCACACCUCACACACUUCUACUGUGUGUGUGUGUCUCUUUCUCACUCUCUCUCUCUCUCACCACACACAUCUCUCAUUCUCAUUGGUAUUUUUACUGGUAAGUAUGGAAUGCAUUAAUUCAAUUCAGUCUAGAAGUAAUGAAA